GUAAUAAAUCUGCGUGCCAUACAAGCAUACCUAGUUCUCUCUCAUGUAAACACACAUCCCUUUUCAGAGGUCUGCAAACCUCAGUCAGUGUACUAUUUGAAAAAAUCGAAUGGGUGAUCUGACAUGUUUUGAUCUCCUGAAGUCCAAUGAAGAAGCAUGGAUUACAGAAAGACAGUGCAUGUUCCUCAGCUUAGCAACGAAAUGCAGCUGAACGUCAUGAACUGGGUUAAAUCGGGCAAAAUGAGUAUCGACGAAGUUCUGGUCCGGGCUAACAAUGGCACGUUACACAAGCAGAGGACCACUGAGCCGGAGGAAAAACAGUUGCAGUACAACUUCAGUGUCCGGAAAUUCAACCGCUACAUAUGGCAGAAGCGGGUUCUGCAGGUUGAUUUCAGCACGAGCCUUUUGUGCAGCAUUGAAAAAGGCAUUGUGAAACGCCAGCUCUGUUUUUCUGAGGUGAAAAACUGCCACGAUGCACCAGGUACCAGGUUCUCGAUUUCGUUUAGGGAUCGCUCUGACUAUGAGCUGGAAGCUGCGUCCUUAGAGGACAAGCAGCAGAUCAUGCAGCUGGUGAACCAGGUCAUCUACAGCAACAUAUACAGCCCUCUUGUGAACGGGAACUCCGUUGAAAAGCAAACCUCACACUUGCCUCCAACUCCUGACAACCUCAAAGAGGGCCAUCUGUUGCUGCAGAGAGGAGGACUGGCUUCGUUCAAAUGGAAGAAGUACGAGGCUUAUCUUCAGACUGGUCAGCUGACCUUGUUCCCAGACACUCAGAACUCUGCCAGCAGCGAUGCAGGUGCGUCUGUUUCCUUCAACGAGUCUGUCUGGAGUCUCUCAGACAUUUACUCCAGUGUGGAUGACGUCAGGUGCGCUGGGGGUGAUGGGGCAGCCCUCGUCAUCCAUCUCUCCGACGGUAAGGUCAGGGUGGACACCCCAUGCAACGCCGACACCUUCACGCUGCACAACGACAAGAACGACUUCGUGUUCCGGAUACCGAAAAGCGACCGCGUGACCCCAGAGGCCGUAACGGAUGAGCGAGACGCCUGGGUGAAAGCGAUCAAACAGCUAAGUGUGGACUGGAAGCAAAAGUCACGUCUUGAGCACUUCUACGAGGCCCCGGAAAAAGAUGUUACGGGGCCCGAAAGCAAGGCGCAGGACAACCGCGCGCCGCUUUCACCUCCACCGGUGCCUCAUUCGCUGAGGCCGCGCUUGCCCAGAUCGUCCCCGAAUGUUCUUGCGGCUUUUCCAGCGGCGCCAGAAUCAGAAAGCGCUUCCCGGGGAGCAUCGGAAGCGGAAGCGAAGCCAGCCCUUACGGCAAAGAGCAGAGAUGUGCUCAAGCCAGAGCGGACGCCCUCGGCGGUGCCCGUGACCUCACCGCCAGCCGCAUGCUCAUCUCCGGCUCCCUUUGUUUCGCCCCCGCCGUCAGCGGUGCCAGGUCCUGUCCCUCCUGCCCCUUUGCCCCCUCCGCUGCCCGUGAAAUCCAAGCCGCUUUCAGAGAGGACAAAAGCUUUUCACUGGGACCUGGUGGCUCAGGAUAAGAUCGAGAAGUCGAUGUGGUCUCGCAGGAACCCCAGGAAGAUUGAAAUUGACACCUCGCGCUUGUACGAGCUGUUUGGAGCGAGAGAGAUGGGCCGCGUCGGCAGAUCAGAGUCCAUCAGUACUAUGGAAAUCAUGCUGAACUCAAAGAUCGCUCACAAUUUCAAUAUUUUCCUCAAAAGUUUCCCUGUGCAUCCAAAAGAACUCAAGGACAAAUUGUUGAUUAUAAAUGAAGAGGAAGGGGGUCUCUCUGACGAGCAUAUUGCCUCUCUCAGGAGAUACGUCCCCACUCCGGAUGACAUUGAGAUGUAUAAAUUGCACAAAGGAGACCCGAGUGAGCUGCAUGUGGUGGACCAGUACAUGAUGGAGAUGUGCAACAUCCCGAAGCUCAGCGCCCGCCUGGACCUGCUGCUCACGAUGCGAGAGCUGCCCAUCUGUAUGGAGGACCUCACUCCGCUGAUUAUCCAGAAGAUCCGCAUGUGCCAGCAGCUGUGGGCUUGUGAGUCAUUUGUCAGCGUGCUGGAGUACCUUCUGGCCGUGGGCAAUUACCUCAACCAGAACGCGGGCAAGGACAGGGCCAAGGGAUUUCGCCUCUCGUCCUUAACUAAGCUUUCUCAGCUGCGCGGGAACAAUCGGAAGUUCACCUUGCUGCAUGCCCUUGUGGAGCAGAUCGUGUUGCGAGAACCACGUUUGGCCACCUUUUUCCUGGAGCUUGCAGAAUUCGACACUGUUCCUGGAGCUUCGGUUAAAGGUCUGACAGCAGAGGUGGACGUAGUGAGAAAUGAAUUUCAGAAGAUCGUCCAGUACAAGAAAACAUACAGUAAAAGCAAAAACGAAGUCAAUGAGCACCCCAAAUUCAUCAAAGACUUAAAGACGGCCAUCGAGAAGCACGAGGCCGAUCUCAGACAGCUGAUGAAGAGGUGUGAGGAGAUGAGGAAGCUCUACACUGACAUAUUGAUCAAAUUCGGAGAGCCAUUGGAUCAAGACUCCCAAGAAGUUUUCGGAUGGAUUUGCCAAUUUAUCAGCGACUUCAAGAAGGCGUACUCCGAACACGCUCAAUGAAGCUGAAUUUCCCUUCACAUCUGGACCGGUACGUGACCCGCUGAGCGUCCCAAGCAUUUGGUCGUGAAGGCGAUUGGUCGCUCUUAUCUGCAGACUGCGGCCGAUGUUUUCUGGAUCCUCCCCAGUGCUGGUGUUUGGUUUGAUUAAGUCUUGGCGCGCCGGAUCCCGUGCUUCUUUGACCCGGCGCUGCAGCAAGCCGCCCGUUUCUCCGACCUUUUCUGGAGGCGCGUAUCAUUUCGCUUCUCCUAGAGCGUGCUGCGACGGAUGUGAGCGGUGAACUCACAGAUGGCGGCUGUGAAAGAGGCAUUCUGCUUCAGACGGCCAGUUGAACGGCUUCCACGUGCGUGCGCUGAGUCGCAGGCUCUCUCUGUGGCCUUGAGCGAGUGUGUGUUUUUUGGAUGAUACAGGAGUCGGGUCCUCCGUGGCGGUUCAGCAAAGGACAUCUGCAUUUCACGCCGUUCGAAACAGACUCCUCGUUCUCCUGUUGAGGAUUUCAUUCAGUAAAUGAAGAGGAGGAAUAAAAGAGGAAGAAACAAAUCUCUUUUUAAGUCCGAAUCCCUUUGCGUAACACUAGGAUUUACAUGCCCGCCACUUGUAAUCCCUUUGUAAUGAACAUGCAUUGCAGUUCGUCCACCGUUGCAAGGGCGGCUCACCCAAAAAUGAAAAGGCUCUCAUCAUUUACUUUCAUGUCAUAAUUUUCUUGGAACAGAAACAGGGAUGUUUAACAGUAUAGCAGUACAUUUAAGUUGUUAUUAAGCGCUAUUUUUAUUAUAAUUUUUUUAUCCAUCUAUCCAUUCACUCUGCAAACUGCUUAUCCUCUAUAGAGUCACAAAUUAUUAUUUCAAUUUUAAUUGGUUUUUAUUGAUUCCUUUUUAUUUUUUUAUUUUUCCAUUCUCCAAACUGCUAUUUUAUUUUAUUUUAUUUUAUUUUAUUUUAUUUUAGUUUAGUUUAGUUUAGUUUAUUUUAGUUUAUAUCCAUUUCUAGACCAUUUAUCUGUCAAAAUAUAUUUUUAUUUUAUUUUAUUGUAUUUUUCUUUGUUACAUUUUACUGUAGUUAAUAUUUUAAGAUAACAGUUUUGUGGAUUAAUGUCGAUAACUCGUUCCUUUAAAUCAAAUAGACCUGCAGUAUAGCUGUGUAAAUAUGACCUUGUGACCUAUUUGUUGUGGGCUAUAGAAAUACAUAUUCAAUGUACGAUAUAACAAGCCAAGAGAGUUUUGCACCCUACAGUAAGCACAUAAAGUAUUCUGUGUGCCAUUUCAUGACCUGCAGGAGUUUGUCAGCUCAAAUUCUCUGCUUAGUCAGACAUAAAAUGCUUUCCUUCUGCAUUGUGGCAAAAAUUGAGAUUUCUUUCUUUCUUUUUUUUUUUUUUUUUUUUUUGCAAAAACGGAGCACGACGUGCCCUUGACUACACAGGCAACGAUUAUUGUAUUCAUUAAAGAAAUGUAUUCAUGCUAGAACAGUGAAAGAUUUUAAUUAAACAAGCUUAAUUUCUCUUUUUCUUUUUUUUUCUUCCCGAAAGCAGCGAUUUGCAUUAAUAGUCAUUUUAACGUGCGCUUUUCUAAAAUAAAUCAAAAAUAAUCUUGUGGU